AGGUAGUGGGUUGUAGCAGGGAGGGCUACUACUUUCGUCACCCAUCGACCACCGGCUGUAUAGAGAGUGCAGCUGAUCCCACCAUGGGGCUGGAGCUUUGGGUGGUAUAAAUGGACUAAAUAACAGUCUGUGAUGGAUUGCGAACACCUUCACAGACGUGCUUUUGCUGCGUAGGAGUGGUGAUUUGCGAGGUCCGGCUAUACACUUCUGUGCUGCGGCGGUAAUUUGGAACACGACGUUCAACAGUCGUUGUUGAGCCUGCCUUAGCAGUGGGCGCAAUCAAUAGAGAGGUUUCGAUUUUCACUCAUGUCGUUGCAGUUGGUUGUUUUCGAGGCGCGAGGGUCCUCUGACAGGAAAUACCCUCGAAGAGCCGGCAACCCCCUUUGAUGCUCCCGACCCGGCUCUGGUGACACCACACGCGAAUACUACCGUGCGUGCGCGUCUCUCGCUCGAGACGUGUCUGUCCAGAUGGCCUUCGUUUUUGCGACCUUUUGACGUUUGCUAUCGUGUUUCCUACUUCAGGGCCUCACAGAAAUACGUGCAAGUCGCAUCUUUCACUUGAAACGUGCCCGUGCUGUUGAACGGACUCUCCGUGUCUCCCGCUCUCGUCCGGACUGGGCGGUUUUCUACUUGCACUGGUGUCCCCGUGAGUCUUGUGCUCUGCCGUCUAUCCAUUGUAUGGUCUGACUGCGGUAGCAUCGGUGUUUUUUCUUGGCCGACUUCUUUCUAACCGAUCUGUCUCUCCUUUGUCUCUGGGCAACCCUUUCAUCGCGUUCGCCUCUCCAGCUAGCCGCACAGGAGCAGGACGUGCUCGUGUGCUGCAAAGAGAAAGCACGUUUUCGGAGGGCUUUGGACUGUCGGAUGGAGUCUUUUACUUUCCGUUUCACACGCACCGGUGAUCGCCCCAUCGCACUUUAUUUCCACUUUUUUCUCAAACCAGAGGCAUCGAGGUCUUUCCUCUCGGAACUCUGUUACACCGGGAUAUUCCUUCCCCCCCUGAGACGCCCUGGCUCGGACAUCCGGUCUUGCCGAUACGACUAUCCUUUGUCUGUGAGAAGAUCUGAGCCGAUGCCCUUACGAAUGGGGUAGAGUUUUCAACAUGAAUACCGAGCUCCUUUCAUUGACGGACGAACCCGUCAUUCUAGUGCGUCUCUGCGAUAUACGGACACUUCCGGCAACGGACGCGCUGAUCACGAAAUCCGAAAACAUCAUUGCCGCAGAAGAAGUUUCUUCAGCUCUCAGAUACCGGCAGGAGAACGACAAGCGAAUGGCUCUGUGCAGUCGUCUGCUACAGCAGUGCUUACUCCGCGGUCACUCCUCCAGACAUCGAGGCUCGUGCUUGUCACCGCGAUCACGUGUACCUCUCCGCCAUUCCACGCCUUCUCUUCAUUCUCCCCGUCUUACUGCUUCCACGCGCCGCCCAUCUUGUCUGUUGCCGAGAGCCGCGCACGCGCUUCCGGAGAAAAUCGAACGCCAGCGAAGUGGCCAAAAACCCAUCUGGAUUCCGCACGCGGAAGAACGAUCGCCUUUUAUUCACUUCAACGUCUCCCAUGACACCGGUCUCGUCGUGCUCUCUGCGUCCCGUCUACUUGUUGGCGUCGACUGCAUGCAGGUCACGGUUCGCGGAGCGUCCAGUCGCUCGGUCGCGGAUCUACUGCGAGCCAUGGAUUCCCAGUGCGUAGGCAGAGAGCGACCGUACGUCUUGGGCGAGGACAGCGACGUCAGCGACGAAGAGAAGCUGAGACGCUUCAUGAAAAUCUGGACGAUGAAGGAGGCGUUCGUGAAAGCCUGUGGAACAGGCGUGUACGUCGACCCAGCACGACUCGAGUGCGUUCUGCCCGAAUAUGAUUCUCCGACGGCGUGCACUCCCGCGCCGUCUCUCGCUUGUCCGUAUACUCCAGAGUACGACUUGAACGAAGACACCCACGCAUGCUCUCCAGGGGGGAAAGCCAACCCUGGUCAAGUGUUGAGUGGCGAAGGUCCCACGGCCGUGUCCACGCAAGAAACAUACAAAUCGUUGAGUCUAGAGUCCGAUGAGGACACUGGAGAGGACCGACCAAUGGUGCGCAUCAUGAUGGACGGAGAAGAACAAAAGAAUUUUGGAUUCGCCUGGCUCGACGCGUCCGUCGCUCCGGGUUUCAUCAUUUGUGUCUGCUGGGGUCCCGUGCAGGCGGCACAGAAAAAAUACCUUGAGUGCAUGCCCGAGCGAGAGCGCGAGGCAAUAAAAGCAGUAACAGCGAGGCGAAUCAGCAGGGAAUCGGAGAAGCGCUUCUCGAGGGACGAGGGCUUUCCGUGCAAAGAUGCCGCGAGUUGUGUAUACACCGGGACGUCUCGCCUUCCGCGAUUCGACGUUCGUUGGGUUUCAGGAGAAACGCUUGUUCAGGAACCGCCUGUCGCCCCUGGAAAAGAUUAGGAACCUCACGUCGGGCAGGCUUGAACGGCAGCCGUUGCAUGCAGUCGCGCGGAAAUCUGUGUGGUUUGACGCAGCUACGGGUGUCGCUAAAGGCCACGCAGUACGCUGACUGAAACAGGAACGGUAACGCUAUCUUUUAUGGAACGCCCCUGCCAGUGGGUCUCGCCUCGCCAUUCGCUUGACACCAACUCGAUUUCGUUGUCCGAUAUUUGUUUUUUUUUGUUUUCGUUUUUUUGCUGCCACAGCGUGAGCCCACCACGCUUUUCGUUUCGACCCCGCGGCUCUCCACGCUACGGCUUUGAAUUUCGACGCGAAUUUCAAAAGGCACUCCAAUGAAUAUGCACUCCCGUUGUUGCCUGCCUGUUUCUCGCCUAUAUUAGUAAAGCAUAUAGAUUUGUAGAGGCAGACAAGUGUAUAGAUGAGUGCUUGCACAGAUACGUUUGAACCCAUGGUGAAGCGACACGUUUUGUGGGCAUACGUUUGUGUACACAUUUUUUUGUAUAGACUUGAGUUCGCAUUCCUGUGUGGUUGUGUAUAAGUGGACUUGCACAUACAUCGGCGAACAAGAUGUGUGCUCAAUAUGUGUGCUGGGGUUCUACGAUACCCACAAGAGAGCACAGCAGGAUAUACAAUUUUGCGAGUGCCUGAGAGAAAAAACGCGCAAGGCGCCGCCCCUCUCGCGUCAACUGUUUUGUGUGGAAAAUACCGUCAGUUCCAAGCCUCUAUGCGAGGCCAGUUUUCACAGCAGACUUGGAAAUGAAUCAUCUUCCUCAUCU